CCCGCCCCUUCCUGGGCGGGCGGCGUUGCCGGAGCUGCGGCCCCAGGGAGCGGGGGGGCGCCGGGUGGAGGGGUGACGGUGAUUGUGCCCCAGCGGGGCGGCUGCGGCCGCCCCCCUCCGCUGCCCCGCCAGCACGGCCCUGCUCCGGGCGGGCGGGGGCCGCGAGAAGCCUCGCAGCCCCCUGAGCAAGGCGUCCGGUCCCUGAGGGAGUCGAAUGUGUUGGACUUCGUGGCAGUCCCAGGGGAGCCAUGUCCACAAGUGUCAGCAAUGAUUCCCCGCUGACAGGCUGAGCAGCACCGACUGCAGCUGGAGAUGGUUCAGCCGCUGCCUGUGGGGAAGAUGCUGGCUCUGAGGCCCAGGUAGGAGCCAGGCCAUGGGGGCCACUCUGGGGCUGGCACCUCCCUCUUGCCCUCCAUAGCCUGACAGCAGCCGGCUGCCACCCUGGCGGGUCACCAUGGAGCGGCCCAUGCGUGUGCCCCUCCACCUCCUGGGCUUCUUUGGGCGGAAGCCACAGGCCGUUGGAGGGGAGACAUCACCAGAGCAGCAGCCAGAGCCGGCGGAACCUGAGGAGACGUGCAUUGCGCUGCCCCUGGGCGAGGACAGGGAGCUGGUGGAGUGCCCCCUGUGCCUGCUGCCCCAGCCGCCCGAGGCCUUUCCCACCCUGGCCUCCUGCGAGCACCGCUCGUGCCGGGCCUGCCUGGAGCAGUAUCUGCGCAUUGCUGUCAGUGAGAGCCGCGUGCAGGUGGCCUGCCCGCACUGCCCAGCCGCGCUGCAGCCUGACGAUGUCCACCGCCUCCUGGCUGAGCCCUUCCUCCGCGACAAGUACGAGGAGUUCCUCCUGCGGCGGCUGCUGGCGGCUGAUCCUGGCACCCGCUGGUGUCCUGCGCCCGACUGCAGCUACGCUGUCAUCGCCUACGGCUGUGCCGAGUGUCCUCGCCUCACCUGCGGGCGUGAGGGCUGUGGCACUGAGUUCUGCUACCACUGCCGGCAGCCCUGGCACCCAUAUGGCCCUUGUGUGCCAGCACUGCCGGCCCCCAGCCUGGCCAACGCAGCACAGCCAGUCCACCUGGAGGACUCGGCCCAUGCUGAGGCCGAGAACAUCAAGGUCUGUCCCCGCUGCAGUGCCUUCAUCAUGAAGAUCAAUGAUGGGAGCUGCAACCGCAUGAACUGCACGGUCUGUGGCUGCCUCUUCUGCUGGCUCUGCCUGCAAGAGAUCUCUGACGUGCACUUCCUGAGCCCCUCUGGCUGCACCUUCUGGGGGAAGAGGCCUUGGUCACGGACCCGGAAGAUCCUGUGGCAGCUGGGCAUGGUGCUGGGGGCGCCCAUGGUGAUUUCCCUCGUUGCGGGCAUCGCUGUCCCUGUCAUUACCAUCGGGAUCCCUGUCUACAUGGGUAGGAAGGUGCUGGGCCAGAGCCGGAGGAGCAGCCUGUCUGGGUGCCAGCAGUGCCUCUCUGUCACCAGCAGUGUUCUCCUGUCUCUCUUUGUGUCCCCCAUCAUAACAGCUGUCACCGUGGGAGUUGGCGUGCCCCUCAUGCUCACCUAUGUCUAUGGGGUGGUGGUGCUGUCGCUGUGUCGGAGCCGGUGGGGCUGUGGCCGCAGCCCACCUGGGGACCUUGGUGUAGUGGAGCUGGAGAACCUGACCAAGCAAGUGAACGAGCUGCGGUCAGUGCUGCCCAGCCCCAGGCCCCUUGAGGAUGGAGUCCCAGACACAACCACCUCUGUCCCCAGCAGCAGCCAUAGCCCGCGCCAUGGGAUGGUGUGGCAGGAGCAGGACAGCCAGUCAGCCAGCGCGGUGGCCCUCACAGGGAAUGUGCCGAGUGAGGGCAUGGACACGUCCAGUAGGGAAGGUAUCAGCAUUGAGGUGGAGGUGUCAAUUGAAGCAGCACCACAUCCUGCCCGGCAGCAGAGCCUGUGCAGCGCACCAUCAGGGCAGAGCCUCUCUGGAGACUCCCUGGGAGGCACCAGUGACAGGUCCAGCACUGUGGGCAUCUCCACGGAGUGAGGGGGUUGAUCCUCGACCUACAGCGCCCCCCUGCCACUGACACAAACAUCCUGUGCCCUCCUGCGGCAGAGCUGGUCCCCCUCUGCACGGCACCACCAGCCGCAUGCUUGGAUGGGCUCUGACUGUGCUCGGUGCUCCCUGUGCCCAGCCACAUCCACCCAUUCCCUGAAGGCAGCCCUGAGCAUUGGCACCGCUGGGAAAUAAAAGCUACUCUCUGAG